CGAUCCAUUCAAGCCAGCAAGUUUGGAGAGCGUGUUGAGUUUAAUCAAUUCAUAACGUCGAGAUGGAGCCGAACUCACUGAAGUGGGUGGGCUCGUCUUGCGGCUUACAUGGACCAUAUAUAUUCUAUAAAGCCUUUAAAUGCAACCGGGACGGGAAAGCGAGGAUUCUCGCUCUUGGAGACUUUUUCUUCGUCAGAUGUAAACCGGAGGAUCCUUUAUGCAUAGCGGAGCUCCAGCUUCUCUGGGAGGAAAGAACAAGCAAGCAACUUUUAUCAAGCUCCAAACUUUAUUUUCUACCAGAGGAUACUCCCCAGGGACGGACGGUGGCUCAUGGAGAGCACGAGGUAAUUGCCUUGUCUGAGAAGGUGAUCGUGCGGCUAGAGGACCUGAUGAAGUGGACGGUCCCAGACCUCUCAGGAUGGACCAACGGCAUGAAGGUCGAGCCUCUCAAGCCUGCUGUGCUGCGGGAGUUGGGGACCAACGGGAGGCGCGAGGCCCUCCAUCGCUACAGGGAGAGCAACCUGACCAGUGGUCUCAACUUCAAGGAUGUCCAGAGGGAGCGGGCCAAACUUGGCCAGGAGGAGGAUGGAAGGAAGGUCCUGGUGCUCAGCUACCCCCAAUACUGCCGCUACCGCUCCGUUCUGGCUCGGCUCCGGGAGCAGCCGUCCUCUCUGCUCAUAGACCACACAGUGCUGGCACUGGGAGGCAUUGCUGCGCUGGGUGGGAGCACGAAGAUCCUAUACUGCCGUGACACCUUUGAGCAUCCUACCCUGCUGAAGAAUGAGAGCAUCUGUGACGAGUUUGCUCCCAACCUGAAGGGGCGACCUCGAAAGAAGAAGCUGUCCAUCUCUCAGAGGCGGGACUCUCUAGGUCAAGGGUCAACAGGGUCAAACCAAGGCUCAACAGCCGUAAUAGCUCAGGAUGCCUCAAGUCCAGAGAGCAAAACCACAACCAAGGUUAAACCCAACUUUAAAACGGUGCCCAACGGGAAAAUAACCACGGCAGCUAGACAAAGGCCCGCCGGCCUCAGUAAGAAACUCUCAGCUGAGGAGAAGGAGCGGGGAAAGGAGAAGGAGGAGAGAAGCGAGAAAAAGGAGGAGAAGAAAGAUGAGGAGGAAGCAUCAGAAGAGAGCCGAGCAGAGGAGCAGGCCUUCUUGGUAGCGCUGUACAAGUACAUGAAAGAGAGAGACACGCCCAUAGAGAGGAUCCCCUUCCUCGGCUUCAAACAGAUCAACCUUUGGACUAUGUUUCAAGCUGCUCAGAAACUCGGAGGAUAUGAGUUGAUCACUGUGCGCAGACAGUGGAAGCAUGUUUAUGAUGAAUUGGGUGGCAACCCCAGCAGCACAAGCGCCGCCACGUGUACACGGAGACACUACGAGAG